AGAAAGAAAGAAAUUUCUAAAACAUUCUCUAUCUUUUUCUAAGGUGCUUUCAACUUUUCUUUUCUUGACUUCCAAGAAAAAUAAUCCGAAAAGAAAAUCCAAGCGAGAGCUUAAAGGCAAGGGGCCACCUAGAAUCAUCCAAUCUAAACCGUCCGUGAAUGAACGCGCUUUCCAGUAGGGUGUGAGGAUAAAAAAUGUUCUGUCCCUAAAACCAGAGCAAUCCCAAACCCAAUAAGAAUCCGAGCAGGAAAAAAGAUCAAAAAACUUGGCAAAGGCGUUAAGGCCAGAAAAGAAAGUGGCUCCCAAACAGCCUACGUUUUGUUUUCACCUUUACCCUCUCUCUCUCUUUGGCUUUUGCUGUUUCGCUUUGCUAGGGUUUAAUCAGGGUUUUCUUCUCUUCCCUUCCUCUCUUUCUGCUUCACUGCUCCAAUGGAUAGAUACCAGAAAGUAGAGAAGCCAAAGCCAGAAUCACCCAUUAACGAGAAUGAGAUCCGAAUCACUUCUCAAGGCGCUAUAGGAAACUAUAUCAACUAUGCUAUUGCUCUUCUUCAGGACAAACGUGUGAAGGAGAUUGUCUUGAAAGCAAUGGGACAGGCAAUCAGUAAGACAGUAGCCAUCGCAGAGAUUAUAAAGAAAAGGAUUCCCCGUUUGCAUCAAGAUACUGCCAUUAGCUCAGUGAUCAUAACUGAUGUGUGGGAACCUCUUGAAGAAGGGCUUGUUCCUGUGGAGAUGACUCGCCAUGUCUCAAUGAUAUCUAUCACCUUGUCAACCACAGAGCUAAAUAAAAACUCUGCUGGGUAUCAAGCUCCACAUUAUGUUGAACAACCCAAGCCACAGUAUAAUUAUCAGCAGCAGCAACCACCCAAACAUGCCCGCAUCCCCUAUAAUGAUAUUAAUGAAGAUUCAUAUGGCCGAGGAAGGAUUCGUGGUAGAGGGAGAGGGCGGAGUUGGGGCAGGGGUGGAUAUGGAAAUUAUCAAGAUAAUGGUGGGUACUUGAAUUGGGGCAGAGGUGGUGGGCGAGGAAGAGGUUGGGGCUAUCGUGGUACUGGUUAUGAAAGAGGUAGAGGUGGAGGGGGCAGGGGCUAUAGCCGUGGCCGUGGAAGGAUGGGUGGUGGUCGCUCAAGGGGUGGUGGCUACUAAAGCAUAAUCAAGGACUGAAGUUCGUUUUUUUUUUUCCCUGUAGCUAAAUGCUUGCUUUGGGCCAGUGGGGAAAUUAUGGCAGUACCGUUUCUAAUAGCGUGAGAUGUGGCUUAAAAUCCUCCAGCAUUAUUAAGCAGUGGUGUUGUGUUUCUUUCUGCAUUAUAUGGAUGUGGGCAGGGUUUUUUUAUUGGUGUUUAUGCAUUUAGCCUAGGGCAAGUGGAUGGGUUAUGAUUGUGCUGUAAUUCAAGUUACCCUCAUAUGGCUGCCGAUAACCUAUCAUGUUUAUAUAUAUAUUUCUUUAUUCCUCCCUCGGAAGCCUCUCUUGCCU